AUGGUAUCGGAACAAUCUUCCCUGUACGGUAAACCCCGAAGCAAAUCUUCCAAGACCCAGGAAAUAUCCUCCUCUUCAAAUCUCGCGUUCACCAGUCAACUCUCGUCUCUCAUCAAUAAUGGCACCGCCAAGACCUCUCACGGUCGCCCUCGACCGUCCAAGAACGCCAAAGAUGAUCUCUUCACCAGGCACAAUAAGGGUGCCUCGAAGCGUGCGGCUGCCGAUCUCCAAGAUGAUAAUGGACAUGUCUUCACGCAAGUGCACAAACAGUCUGGAGACCUGGGAGCCAUCGACGACGCCACAUUCAACCGGUCCAAGCAGCGGAUGAUGAAAAAGGCCCGUCUUUACGAGGAUAUGAAAAAGGGGGUACACCUUGCGGAUGGAGAGAGUGAUGACGAGGACGACGAGACGGGGGACGAUUACAUCUCGCGCUUGCGGCGCAAAGAAAAAGCCGGAUUAGUUGAUUUUGACACGAAAUGGGCCGACGAGCAGCGCAGAAAGAAUGGCCAAACGGGCGACGACACCGGUAACCAUCACGAUGGUGAAUUCGACGACGACAAUGCAUCAGUGGUAUCAUAUGAAGAUGAAUUCGGACGAACACGACACGGCACCAGAGCCGAAGCCGCACAUGCAGCUCGCAUCCGUGACGAAGAGCAAAACCGCGGCAACAUCGCCUCGGAACGAUGGCGGCCAUCCCGACCAGAUCAUUUAAUCUUCGGCGAGACCAUUCAAUCGCAAGCGUUCAAUCCAGACGCUCAGAUCGCCGCUGAAAUGGCCCGUCUCGCCGCGCAGCGAGACCGAUCCCCCGAAAUUGAAUACACGCACUACGACGCCGAUGCCGAGGUGCGCAAUCGCGGCACGGGCUUCUACGCCUUUUCACAGGAUGAAGAGGAGCGGAAAAAGCAGAUGGAGCAGUUGGAGGAGUCGCGGAAGGAGACUAUGCAGCGGAGAGACUUGCUGGCGCGUCGGGCGGCAGAGCGUGAAGCGAUGGUUUUGAAUCGCCGCAGGCAAAUUGCAGAGUUAAGGGCGCGAAGGCUUUCUGAGAUGGCGUCGGCGUCGGCGCCGACGCCGACGGUGACAGCACCGUCUAAUGCGUGA